UAGAGCCAGGGGCCGGCGACGCGCCGAUGGCCUGCACACCGACCCGCCCCGUUAAACUCGCUGUGCGCCUGGGAAUUCUGUUUACGCGGUCUGUGUCUACUUUGUAGUAGUGUGUCCGAAACCAAAAUCUGCGUGGUCGACAGGUCGACACUUAUGCAACAAACCGAAUCAGCUUGAGAUCAAGCAACGCGCUGCUCGGAUAAAGUUCAUCGCAAUACUAGGCCUUCCAGCGACGCUGGCCCCUGCAUCCACGGAAGGAUUCUAGAAAUCAACAGCUGAAGAGGAUGUGUACCUCAUGGCGGACUCCAUUGUACGAGAUUUCCUUCUUGAUUGUAAGUCAGUGACAGAGGCUGAAGUUCACACUUUUGCCAACACGAUACGUGACAACAAUGAGCUGAUUGAGGCCAUCAUCCUGGUGCUAGAAGAGAAGGAAUAUCACCGGGAUUUUCUGGAGCCUCUGUGCGAGCAGCUGUUCAUCUUCUUUCAAGCCCAGGAAGAGGCGUUGCGUCAGUUUGCUCACUUUUUCCUCCCCUGCGUGAUUGGCAACUACCUCAGCAGUGUGCACAGGAGGGACGUGCGGAAGUCUCUCAACUGCCUGGAAAUCCUUUUGCUGGGUGCUUAUAAUCUGCAAAUCCUCGACCAUGAGGGCAAGCCAGCAACGACAUUGUACCACAUCCCAAGCAUUAGCAAGCCUUCGAUAUACCACGAGGUGUGUCCCAUAUCGCUGCCGCAGCCCCAGCUGACUGAAAACAUGCUGUCCAAGCUGGAGCAUGGAGAGGGCAAAGCGACACAGGGCCCAUAUCUUGCAAUUGAUUCACUCAGCGCGAGCAACAGGCUGCAUGUGGCCAUGGUCCUAAUGCGUGUAUACAACCAGUCCAUCAGCACCAUGCCUCAGGCAUCCAGGGCCUCAUUUUGCAAGAUGUGCUCAAGGGUCGUGAACCAAGGGACAUUAGAAACAGUUCGACGGAUGUCCUUCGACAGCAGCUUGCCGGGCAGCUUUGCACCACGUGUCAACUUGAAUUCACAGGUCCUCCUGGAAAUGCUGCAAGCUAUAUACUACUCCAUGUUCAAUGGCUUAUUUGCCCUUGCACAUCAAGCCCUGAACGACAUUCAUCGGCGAGCCAUGCAGCAGAUGUACUCUGAUGUCUUAGUGGUGACAAGUGCCAUCAAGAAUUCACUAAUGGCUAGCCAGUGUGGACAGCCAGCCGAGGGGCCGAUGGGCAUCAGUGUGGCUAUUUCACCCACCACCUCCACGACCACAGUAUCAAAGGCCAUCAUCACCAAUGCCUCGUUCCGCACCAAGAAGCUUCCAGAUGACAUUCCAAUCCCAGAAGACAACAUUGACAACCUGCCACUGCCAAACGAUCCGGGCGUCCUGGGCAUCAUCAAAGAGGAAGGCGAGGAGGCGCCGGGGGGUGCCAUUGCGGGUGCCAAGGCCAUGAUGCAUGGCCUGCCCAGCCUGCCUGGCAUGCGCAAGCUUGUUAAAGGCAUCACGCGCAAGGACUCCAUAGACAAGGCUGCUGCUGCUGGCGCUGCUGCUGCUGCUGCUUCUGCUGCUGCUGCUGCUCAAGACGUGAAGGCUGCCUUGUCCGCAGAUUCCCAACGGACACAUGAAACAAUGCCAGGCCAGCAGUUCUUGGACCACGUGCCAACGAGUUUUGAGCAUGCACCAGACUCUCGGAAGAGCUCAUCAAAGGGUAAGGAGACGGACAAAAGGGAGCAGGCAAGCACACGCUCUUCAUCUGUAUCACGAAGUACUGCAAUGAAAGAGACUGUGGACAAAAGUGGGAAGUCGGAUCGAAAAGAGGCAUCUCGGAAGGAUACAUCUGACAGGAGCAGCAAAACUGAACGGAAAGAACCUUUGGAUGCUACCGGAAGAAGCAGGACAGAGCAGAACGGCGGCACUGUGGAUUCCCAGGGCAAGGUCUCGGCAAAGAAUGAAACACUAGAGCCGCGCAACGGCAUCGACAAGCAUGACUUGUCCCACGACACAGUGGGGUCCGCGGAACUUAAACAUUUGGCCACGGCAGAGAACACGACAUACCCAACCAAUUCGAGGAGUGAGGACAAGUCACAUCGAAGCACACAGGUGUGAAGAUACGUGCAGAAGUGACCACCUUGUCUCUUAACAAGCUUACCAGUUGUGGUUUUCUUUGUUAUCAUCAAUCUUUUUUUCUUUUGCCUGUGGAAACUGGCGACACUUAAUAGUGCAGAGUGUGGGCAUACAGUGUGUCGUAGAUGUGCUGCAGCAGCACAGCCUGUACUUACAGAGCCUUUUCAUGCCACUUGCCUCUCUUUUCGCUUCGGAAAUUUAAAGGAAUUUCAAAGCAAUACCUAAGCAUUGUGCCAUGGCUGUGACAAGUUUUACACUGAUUAGGUGGUAGACAGGGAAAAGAUGUGUGCUUUAGGCAACGAGCAAGUUCGGUCCAUCAACAGGAGUGCAGUUGCCUUGCACUCUGAAACCUCUCGGUGCCAAUGACAGUACCGACCCUGGUGGGUGCAAACAUAUUGCAAUACAGGUGUUCCUUGUGAUCUCGGCACACGCUGUUAUAUCUUGCACUUCAAGUGCACAUCUCCUGUAUUGUUUGUAAAACCUGUUACAAGAUCGUACGUACAGCUUUUAUUGUGUUUGUUCUUUUCCUAGAAUCUGCACCAUGUUAUAUGUACAUACCUCUAGGGGUGACCUACAGUUUUGUUCCUCGAGCACGCUGAGGCUUGGGCUCCACACUGUCUCCAAAUAUACUCUGCUGAGAGCAUGAGCACCCUUGUUUUACUCACCAAAGCUAAACGUAUAAACCCUAUGUGUAUAUAUGUAGUUCAGGUUGAUGCACUUGGCUAGACACAGGACCCCAAUAAAUUAAGGGAUCCACUGCCUUUUGCCGAACGUGCUGAUUCGUAGAAAAACCGGCAACAUGAAAGUUUUCCGAGUGCCUACAUUGUUCCUUGCUCUCUCUGCGGCAUCUAGAUGUAGACUUAAGAAACCUGUUCCAAACAAGGCAUCUGUGAUUGAUGUGUGUUGACUGCCCACCUUUUUUUUUUCCUUUUUGUGACUGCUCUGCAGUGGCACAUCUUUUGUUUUGCGAACUUGCUUAUUCAUUCCUUAGCUGAAAUUGUCAUGUUUGUGCUAGUGUGCGUGACGGCUUCGUGCAGUCGUUAAUUUACUGUGAACACUGUACUGCCAUUGAUGUAGACAAACUGGAAACACCUGUGGAUAAAAGUUGCACCGUGCGUUUUUAGUACAAGCUCAACACAGUUCUCUUGCAUAGGUGCUUGCAAAACACAAGGUCAGGCCCAAGGGUGUUUCAAAUGUGCAGAUUGGAUGUGAGCAGAGCGUGCAUUUUUUUUUGUUUAGGACUUCUCUGUGUCAUCUUCACUUUGGUGCUGAAGCUCAUGCACUUUGUUUUUGUUUGGGCAUUAAUGGUUCAUUCAUUUUAGUUGAUAAAAGUAGUGGCAGCCAGCCAUGGUGCUUACAAGUACAAUAUGCAUGAGAACUCUGUCAGAGCCGUUGCCUCAUCAGAUAUCAGCACUUGAGAGGAUGUGAGACGAUGAGCAAUGUUUGAAUUUUGUGGUUGUAAACUUGAUGUCUCAGCUGAAAAUGCAUAUCUAUCCUUUAGUCCAACUAUUGGUAAGUGUUUGUGACUAGCGUUGUAUUUUGUCUUUCAUUGCCUGGAGCAUCGGGGACUCAAACUUGCUUACAUGCCACAAUUACAUUUUUUUUUUCUAAUUUUCAGCUUAUUCUUGUGCUUAGUGAUGGUGCUGCAGGUUUUUUGAAACACAACAGGCAUGCAUUCCAGAUGCACCUGGUGUUGUUCUUUUAUACAUUUUAAGCAUUUUCCCGGUUGCGUUUCAGAUUUCGUUUUGUACUACCACAUGGUGAAAAAUAAUGUCUAGUUCACGGGUGCUCAGCUGCCCUCUACCCCUGCUGUCUAGCUGACGCUUUUUUUUCUUUGCCUCUUUUCUUUUUAUUGUCAUUGUUAUUAUAUUUAUUUUUGUACAGUCUGGUCUCUACUGUAAACAAUGCCAACCUUGUCUGUUAGCUGUACUUAGGUAUUCAAUAUGGAAGCUAGCAUUAUUUGAGAUUCCUUGUAGACUAUUGUAAGUAAAGCGAAAUCUGGCUAAUUUCCUCUGAAUUGCACAUCCUUCACACAUUUGCUUGCUUUAAGUGUGCAAGGGUGUAAGGAGUAAUAAUUUACAAUUUUUCUUUCUUUGUCACUUGAGCCCUUGCUGCUAAUGAGAGUGCUGAGCAUUUCUUCAGGCUUGCGCUUGCUCUCUUGCAUCCACAUCUAUACAUCACAGGCACCGUCUUGCGAAACGUGAUAAACUAAGGCAUGCAAGUUUUUAUGCUAAUCACCCUGCGUUUCACUGGUGCCACAUGCUCGUUUCAGUUACUGUACAAAUGUAUCUUAAGGGAUAAAAAAAUUUCAGGGCUGCCACUAUCAUCUCUACAAAGUCCAAUAGCUUUUACAGCCGUCUACUUUGAAGUAGUCUGCAUGUAUGCAUUCUCACUGGUUGCAAUGUCUGCUAUUUUUUGAAUAUUGCCCCCCUUUGCCCAGUGGGUGGUUUUGACUUCUGCCCGUAGGUCUACAUCAAUCACCCCUCAGUCUCAUGCCUUAGCAGACCCCUUUCAUCGUCAGCUUCACUUGGAGGAAUUCUGAAUAGUAAAAAAUAGAAUGUUACGAAAAGCGGUAACAUAAGGCUCUGUCUAGUUCCCCUAAGUAAAGUUGAACAUUUGAGCAAAAGAAUUGGAACAUUCAAUUAGAAAUAUUAUCGUCUCAACACCUACACCAAACACCACUUUCACUGGGUACUGUGAAACUGACAUUCCACUUAGUCUGGUGCAAACGCAUGGGUGAAGUCUACUCCGAACUAGAUAGCUAUCAGUAGGCUGAAGCUGAGAUUUCUUAUAAAUGGUAAUGCCAGUCCUGAAAGUUCAGAAUCUCUUCUUACACCUGCUGCCACUUAGACAUGCUUAAGCUGGGUGUGGUAAGAGCUGUUGCUGCAAUGUUGGGUGCCCUGCCAUUGCAAGAUGCUGAGGCUUGUUGCAGUCUCAUGUCACGGAUACGUUGAUGAAGAACCACGGUGCACACAGGCUUCAGCCGUCUGCCACUAUACUUGUCGCUCCACUAGGCAAGUGUAUUGUGCUCACUGUGUCAUUUCCUUUGGGCCAGGUGGUCCUGUAAUGGGGAUCUCUUAGUGGUGAAGUUUUAUGCAGUGGUCACUGGAGGGCAACCUGGCACUGUGUUUGUUCAAGCAUCAUAGGAAUUGUGGGAGAUACAUCGGCUUUGAUGAGAGAGAAAGGGUUUCUUGCUUUUGAGAUAGUUCUUCAAAUGUUCAUGAUGCAGUGUGUUGCUUUGCAGCAUGCAGCUUCCUGCAGAAUUUUUAGUGAUGUAAACAGAUACAUUUGGUAUUUGUAUGUCGUUAAAUUGGCAUAAUACUUUGCAUACUUAUAAAGUGACAUCAGAAACGGCUGUGUUGUUUACAGCAUUUUAAAAUGAAUUGCUAUUUGGUAAGCUCCACAGGCAGCUGAAUGGUAGCACUUCGGGCUUAAAUUAAUCUGUUUGCUGACUUAACAAAUUUGUUGUAAGAUUAGCUUCAGAAACAUCCACACAAAUUGCAGAGAUGUUUGAAGCCAGAACUAUUACUGGAAAAAUUGUGUGCACCGCGCAUAAUUUGUGGGCUUGUUCUACUGCUGGAUGUACUGCAGGAACUAGUUCCCUAUUUCCCUCUAGUGAUCCCUGUAUGAAACUCUGUGGUUAGUUUUCAUUGUUCCGCAUGUGUUCAGACCAUCGAUAAUCAUCAAACACAUAAAAGAUUCGUGUAACACAGCACUGUUGUUUCCUUGGAGUCCCUUGGAUGUUAGAUUGGAGCUUAAAUAUCUGCCCUUGUUGAUCACUGUCGGUAUACGAAACUUGCUGAAUAUAUGCAUAUAUUGCGUGGGUAUUACAGGAAGCAAGUGUAUAUAAUUAUAAAUACAUUAUACGAUAAUAAAUUGUUGGCAAUGUUGA